AUGGGACCAGUUGUGGGCAGUGUUGUGUUUCAAGGCCUUCUAUAUUAUUUCUAUUUCUAUCUCUUUCCUUCUUCGUCGCUUUUUUAUUUGCUUUCUCUCACCUUUUUUUUUUUCCUAAUUUCUUUAAUUUUUGGCACUUUCGGGUCUCCUUUUUCUUCCUCUUUGGAUGUGUUACUCUCUUUAUCUCUCUUUCUGUCACCCUUCUUAUUUGUAUAUUAUCAUUUUCUUUCUAUAUCCCUUUCUAUAUCUAUUGCUUAUUUUCUUUCACUUUCAUUUUCACUUUCUUAUUUGAAACGUGUUGCUUUCUUUUUAUCUCCCUUUGCUGCUUCUUAUUUCUAUAUUAUAAUUGUCUUUCUUUGUCUCUUUCUAUAUUGCCUGCUUUCCUGUUUAUGUCCUGUCUCUUUUCUUUCCUCCUUAUUUGUACAUUAUCACUGUCUUUCUUAUACAAUUUGUACGAUUUUUAAACUCUUUUUUAUCUCUUGUACAUUUCGAAAAUAUUCUUAUUUCUAUAAUUUGUUAUUCCUACGUACAUUUUCAAUCUCACUUUAUUAUUUGAAACGUUGUUUUUUCUUUUUAUCUCUCUUUCUUUCCUCCUCCUUUGCAUAUUAUCAUUCUCUCCUUUUAUCUCUUUCUUUUUUUUUCCUUUCUUUUUCUAUGCUUUUGUUACCCCCUCUCUCUCUCUCUCUCUCUCUCUCUCUCUCUCUCUUUCACUUUCGAUAA